AUUAAAAGUGAAAAUUUGCUACAAGGAUAUGGCGCUGUGUGCGACUGUAUCGUUCAUUCAAUGCUUAGCAUUCAUUGUUCUGUUUUGAAUUCUCUCAUCGCAGUCGCGUUCGCAAGUAUGUGUCGGUAGAAGUGAAUCAAUCGAGACCCUCAGUGUGAAAGAAAAAAAACUCCGAGAGCUUCAUUCUUUCGCUGUUUGUCGAGUCGUGAAGAUUUCUAGUUCCGAAUUUCAUCGAAAUCAGUUUUUUUUUGCUUUUGAACUCGGUGGCUUAACAAAGAAGAAAACAUUCAUUGGAUAAUUACCGUUUGAAAAAAUAAGACGAAGCAGAAGACUUGCAAAAAAUAAAAAUGUUCAGUGGAUUUACAGCAUCUCUGAAAAGUCUCGGUGAUAAAGCCGCUGGCUUAUUUGAUAGAAAGAAGAAGGAAGCCGGUGAUAUGGCAGGGGAAAAGGCGACAACUGCGAAGAAGCUUGCAGAAGAUCAAGUAAAGAAAACAACUGAUGCAAUUUCCGGUGCAACUUCGGGUGCCCAAGGUUUAAUUGGUGGAUUGACAGAUGAUGCAAAAUCUGGAGCAAAGGACGUUCAAAAGAAAGCCGAAGAGAAAGCUGACAGCAUAGAAGCUUCGAUUGAAGAUCAAAUUGUCACUGCGAAUCAAUCAAUGAAUAAGGCAGCUUCUGAUGUGAAUAAAGCAACGAAUGAAGCAGUAGAAAAGGCAGCUGUGAAGGUUGACAAUGCGAAACAAGAAUCUCAAGCACAAGCAGAUUUACUUAAAACUGGCGCCACUACAGCAAUGGAUCAAGGUUUGAAAGCAGCUGAAAAUGCAGUUGAUGACUCAUUGAGAACUGUUGAGAGAGCUAUUGAUGAUAAAAUGAAGGCUGCUAGCAAAGCUGCUGAUGAAAAAAUCGCUGAAGCUAACAAAUAUGCCGAUGAAAAACGUCAACAAUUAACUCAUACUAUCACUGAAAGCAUUGACAAAGUUCAACAAACUGCAAUGGGCGAAGCUGGAAAUUUGCUUGGAAAAUUGAAUUUGGGAGGCGGCAAAUAAAAUAAAAGUCGCAUUUAUAUCUUACCUAUUUUCCAUUUUAAAUAAUUUCUUUCUUUGCUAUAAAUAUUGAAAUUAUUUUAAUUUUUUUAUCAUUAUUAUUAUUAUUACAAGCACAAUGUUUUAAACGCAUUUUUUGCGUUCAUGCAUAAAGUAAAUAAAAUAUAAAUUUGAGUCUCAACACAAUGCCGCAACCUUCGAAAUAAACUUUAAAUGCAAGACCACAAAGUCAAUCCAACAAAAAGCUUAAGUAAGUGUCUUAAUUGGAGCUUGAGGACUUCAAAAUGUUAUUCAAUAGUUUCAUGAUAUAAUCUCAUUGUUGAGAAUAUAAAUUUAUUAUUGUAUCGUUCCAGAAUCUCAAAUUUAAUAAAUCGAUGUUAAUAACCGA